GAGAAGGAGCGGAGCAGCCACUCUUCCUCCUCCUCCUCCUCCUCCUCGAGGCUCUGCUGCUCAUCCUCACACUGAUGAGACAGAGACUCACUUGUCUCCUCUGGCAGCUGCAGAGUCUCUGUGGUUUGUCCGCAGGUUCGAUCGCCGGGCUGCAGGUUUGCCUCAGACCCGCAGACAGAGGCAGGUGCUGCAGCCUCGGAUUUACUCCUUAAGUCACUUGUCUGAAAGGGUUACAGAGAGAGAGAGAGAGAGAGAGAGAGGGGUGGGGGGGAGCAAGCAGCAGGCACUUCCGGUCGAGUGAAUGAGCAGAUCGCAUCCCCGGUGAAGAAGAAGAAGAGGAGGAGGAAGAGGAGGAGGAGGUGGAGGAGGAAGUUGAUCAGCAUCGAUGCUUCGUGCAGGCGGGAUGGAGGAGUUUGUGACGGAGGAAGAGGAGCCGUGGUACGACCAGAGGGACCUGGAGCAAGUGAGCCCACAGUCAUCUUCUGCUGUUUCCUGUCUCCUCUCAGACCUGCACUUGGCAGCAGAGCUCGGUAAGACUCUCCUGGAGCGCAACAAGGAGCUGGAGGACUCCCUCCAGCAGAUGUACAUCAACAAUGAGGACCAAGUGCAGGAGAUAGAGUACUUGUCCAAGCAGCUGGAAAUGCUGCGGGAGAUGAACGAGCAGCACGCGAAGGUGUACGAACAGCUGGACGUGACCGCCAGAGAGCUGGAGAUCACCAACGAGAAGCUGGUGCUGGAGAGCAAGGCCUCGCAGCAGAAGAUCGACAGGAUGACGGGCACCGUGGAGACCUUGCAGGGUCAGGUGGACAGUCUGACGGUUCGGGUGGAGGAGCUGCGGACUCUGGAGGAGCUGAGGGUCCACAGAGAGAAGAAGGAACGACGCAAGACGGUGCACUCGUUCCCCUGCCUCAAAGAGCUCUGCACCGCACCAAGGUAUGAGGAUGGUUUCCUGUUGGCCAACCCGGGCAGCGUCGACCUGGCUGAGAGUCAGCCGGCGGAUGAGGAGAACGAGCGCCUGAGGGACAUCGUCUCGUCCCUGCGCUCAGCCAUGUCCACAGAGCGGUCCAAGAGGGAGGGCGCCGAGCGGGAGUGCACCUCCGUGCUGCAGGAGUUUGAGCGUCUGGAACAGCGUCUCUCAGGAGCCGAGGGCUGCCAGCUGAGGGUCCGGGAGCUGGAGGCUGAGCUGCAGGAAAUGCAGCAGCUGAGGAAGUCCAGGAUGUGUCUGAUGGGGGGCUUGGAAGAUGGCCUUGAGACGCUGCUCAGCAACGGCCCUGAGACAGACACCCCAGAGGUGUGCCCGGGGCUGGAGGAGGGAGGUGAAGGAGGCGCUGGAGAGGCAGGGGGCAACGGGCAGCAGGGGGGCCCGGUGAGGAAGAGCUGCAGCGACACAGCCCUGAAUGCCAUCUCAGCUCGAGAUGCUUCGGGCAGACGUCAGGGCAGCUACGCCAUGCAUGCCAACGGCGUGCGCAAACGGGGCAUGUCCAUCCUGAGGGAGGUGGACGAGCAGUACCACGCCCUGCUGGAGAAGUAUGAGGAGCUGCUGGGGAAGUGCCGGCGCCACGAGGAGAGCCUGUGCCACGCUGGGGUGCAGACCUCGCGGCCCGUCUCCAGGGACCCCUCCAUGAGGGAGUACAGCAUGAUCUGUGCAGGGCCCUCCACGUCAGGGGCUGUCGCCGCGCCUCCGACGCCCCCGCAAACGCCCUCCACCCCAGAGGCCCUGGAGGGGAUCAGCCGGCAGGUGGAGCAGGUGGACAAACGGCUCAGCCAGAACACGCCAGAGUACAAGGCGCUGUUCAAAGAGAUCUUCUCCCGCCUGCAGAAGACCAAGAGCGACAUGAACUCCGGCAAGAGCAGAAAGAGGAACAAAUGAGCCGGAGACGAGUCUGUCGGCCGCUGAAAACCGUGAUUUACUUUACCUCACUAUUUUGAGGGCUUCUUGUUUAACCUUUGCCUGCCUGUGAUUUUAGAGGUGGAUGAUGAAUAUUACAGUUGACGGGCGAAGCCUCCAGUUGUUCUCUGAUUAACCUGAAGCUGCCAAAUGUUACAAUUCACUGCACGGAUGAGAGGAUUGUGUCGAUGAGGAUGAAAUGCCUUUUUCUCUGAGCGCACGUAACUUAAUAUAUAACAUAACAUCUGUUUAAGGACAAUCUAGUAUGUGAUGUAUUUGUAACGGAGGUGCACUGAUGCAGAAAGGAUUUAACUAUUGCCAUUUAUUAUUUAUGGAAUUUAAUGAUGCCAAAUAAUAUAUAAAAAAAACUGGAGGAAAAGAAAACUGCCUUUGGCUUUGAAAUUACUUACAUUUGAAGCAUGCUUCUGUCUUAUAAACACUAAGUGCUAGAUUGGUCUUCAAAAGCAGGUAAAAGUAAAGGUGUGAUGUUUAAAGUGUGUGUGUACAUGUUGAGUUGAUUGGAUGUUACAAAUCCCUCCAAACGACUGCCAAAGGUGCACAAGUGUAUGAUGGGGGUCUGGUUCUCAUGUGGUUUAUUAUGGGUGGAGAUGAAUCUGAAGGGUUUUUACAGAAUGAAUCAGAAGCUGCACGGGACCAAUGAUCAGUUUGAUUCAGGGAUUUGUUUGAUCACUAAAUAAAAUGACAAACUAAUCAGUUCUACACGAAGACUGUAUUUAAAUAUGAAGUUAUUUACAUAGUCGUUGCUUCUAUACUGGUGUCGCAUCGUCGUCUUUAAUUUCUGUUAAUUAAAAAAAACAAAAUGCA